AUGUCACAGUCGUUUACCACAUGUGGAAUGAAUCGUGCACGAUAUUUAUGCUCCGGUCCUAGACUUCAGUUUAUUGACGAUAACGUAAGACAAAGGUUUAUCACCGAACUAGCGGCUGCUGUAGACGCAAAGCUUACGAAUAAAAAAUUAGAGGCUCAAAAAAGAAUGGAGUCUCGAAAGAUCAAACAUGAGGUACAGCAGCGUUACAACGGGGCUAUUAAAAGGCGCAAAUGGGAAGACCCUCCAGAAGAUCCCGAAGCUGUGAAAAAUUUCGACCCUGCAUCGCGUGUUAAACGACGCAAGAGCAUUAUUCUGCUCGGCUACUCUGGUGUCAACUACUUUGGAAUGCAGCGCAAUCCUGGCACUAAAACAAUAGAAGAAGAUUUGCUUCGUGCAAUGUUAAAGCAAAAUUGGAUCAAUGAUGAGGGAUUUCGCCAACCACAGCAGAUUCAAUUUCAGCGAGCAGCCCGCACAGAUAAAGGAGUGUCGGCCUCUAUGCAAGUCGUUUCGAUCAAACUUCCGGACAACUUAGACGUCGAGGGGUUGAAUUCCGAACUGCCGCCUGACAUACGCGUCUUUGCUGUAAAACGUGUCACAAAAGGAUUCAAUUCAAAGACUAAUUGCGAUGCGCGAACAUACACUUACACUCUGCCCACUAUUGCUUUCGCUCCAAACGAGGAAAAAACCAAUAUUCACACUUAUCGUCUACCCGCAGACAGGCUGAAUCGGGUGAAUAAUGUGCUUUCACUAUUUGUUGGCACGAACAACUUUCACAAUUUUACCAGCCGUAAGAUCUUUGACGAUCCGUCCGUGAAACGUUUCAUCAUGUUGUUUGAGUGUGAAGCUCCUUUUAUUCCCGAGGGUACAACUGCAGAGUUUGCCACAAUCAAAAUCAAAGGACAAAGUUUUAUGUUGCAUCAAAUUCGCAAAAUGGUUGGACUAACUCUGGCAAUUGUGCGCGGACUUGCUGAAAGCGAUAUCAUAUCCAAGGCUUUCGGGUCAGAACGGUACGGUAUUCCAACAGCACCUGGUCUAGGCUUGGUUUUGAGCAGAAUUCAUUACGAUAAGUAUAAUAUACGAUAUGGAGAGGAUGGAUGUCAUGAGACAUUGGAAUUCGAAAAGGAGGAAACGACGAUACAAGAAUUCUUCAAGCAGCAUAUAGCUACAACAAUUGUUGAAUCUGAACUGAAUACAAAUUCGAUGAUCGAUUGGCUUGAAAAGCUACCCCUGCAUAGCUACGAGCCAAGGGACGAAAAUGAACCAAGCGAAUGGAAACCCCGGAAUCGAAAAACUGCAGAUGAAAACGACGAUGAUGAAUAG